AUGACAAGGACAAGGAUUCCGAGGGUGCCCCCGCCGCCGCCGCCGCCGCCGCUGCUGCCGGCGCUGACGCCGCCCCUACAGCUGCAGCUGCGGCGCCGGAACUGUCCCCCGAGAUCCGCACGAAGCUCCGCAAGCUGGAGAAGCUGGAAAAGACGUAUCCCGAAAGGCACGGACGGUGCUAACCAUUCUGCAGAGCUCCUCCGGUCAUACCGAAUCGCCCACACCCGCGCCACAUCCAUCGAGCCCUUCGAGCGCGUGCUCAAGGAACACACCAGCGGUCUGGUCGAGUAUCUCAACUCCCUCAAGCAGAAGGAGCAGAUGAUCAUGGACGAGUACAAGCGGAAGGACGACUUCAAGAAGAAGUUCGAAGCCGCCGAGAAGGACGUCGAGAAGUUCAAGAAGGAGUCCGCCGCCCCGGCCGCCCACGACAAGCCCGACGAGGCCAAGGAGCAGGUCGACGCCGCGACCAGCACCAAGGACGACGCCGCCGUCAAGUCGCCUCUGCAGCAGGCCCUGGGCAUCUUCUCGCCCAAGCAAAAGGCGCAGGAGCCUGACGGUGCCAAGCCCGACGAGUCCGGGGGCGACUUCUUCUCCUACGACGAGGAGGCCCCCAAGUACGAGGCCGACAUGGCCGCCAAGGACGACGAGAUUGAGAAGCUCAAGGCCGAGAUCGGCUCGCUCAAGGCCGACCUCGCCUCCGCCCAGGACUCCAGCGCCGACCUUACCGAGAGGUUCGACAAGGUGACAAAGGAGGCCGGCGAACUGCGCGACAUUGCUGCCGUCAAGACAUCCCUUGAGACGCAGCUGGAAGCCAGGAACAAAGAAAUCAAGUCGCUCACAGAGCUGGAGGCCAAGCUCAAGGGCGAGGUCGAAUCCGCCAAGAAGGACGCCAAGGCGGUCCAGUCGAAGCUCAACGAGGAAGAGGCGCGUGCCAAGGAGGCCGUCGCCGCCAAGACCGAGGUCGAGAAGAAGAUCGAGACCCUGAACGGGCAGAUUGAGAACAUCAAGAAGGCAAAGGCCGAGCACGAGAAGAACAUUGCCGAGCUCACCAAGCAGCUGGAGAAGCAGCAGGCCGCCGAAGCCGCCCCGCCGGCCACCCCCACGACCCCGGGCCCUACUACAGAUACCUCUUUCCCGGGCAUGAGCAAGAACGCCAAGAAGAACAACAACAAGAAGAAGAAGAAGGCCGGCGCGGCUGCGGCAGCGGCAGCAACUGCGGCUGCUGCUACUACUACUACAACAUCCGCGACGACCGCCGGCACGGCCACGCCUCCGGCGACCGAGGAAGCAAAGGAAUCCGAUACGGAGGCCCUGGAGGCAGAGAUUACACGCCUCAAGGAGGAAGAUUCUCAGAUUGAGAGGCUGACGAAGCAGCGCAAGACGGAGGAGGAUCUCCGCGAGGAGAUCGAGACGCUGCGCGACGAAAUCGGCCAGGAACACGUGGUGGCCAAGGAGAAGAUCAAGAACCUCGAGGCGGAGAAGAAGGCGCUCGAGGCGCGGAUUGCGGAGCUCGAGAAGGAGCUCGGGUCGUCGACCGACGACGCCAAGGCCAAGGAGAAGCUGCAGAGCGAGUUCGACAAGCUGCAGAGCGACAAGUCGUCGACGCUGCAGUCGGACCUGGGCGCCGCCGAGCAGCUGGCGCAGACUCGGGCGCAGCCCGAGCUCAAGGCGCUGCGCCAGGACUCGGCCGCCCUCAAGACGGCCAAGGAGGAGCUCGCCGCCAAGAACACGGAGCUCCGCAACCUGGAGAAGAAGGAGAGGGACCUCAAGUCGGACCGGCUGGCGACGGACCGCGAGACGGAGAUCAAGUCGCUCCGCGAGAAGCUGACGGGCGAGACGAACAACCGGCUGCGGCUGGAAGAUGCGCAGCGGGUGUCGGCGCGCGACCUGCGGCGCGCGCGGGAGGAGAAGACGGCGCGGGAGCUGCAGAAGGUGCAGGAGGAGGCCAACAAGCUGCGGCCCCGGGUGCAGGAGCUCGAGGAGCAGGUGGAGAAGCUCGAGAAGGAGAAGAAGUCGCUGCAGGAGGAGGCGGACCUCAAGACGCAGCAGUACGCCAACGCGCAGGGCCUGCUCGGCAGCAUGCGCGACCAGACGGGCGAGCUGACGAUCCAGCUCAAGGAGGCGCGGGCGCAGUCGGAGUCGCUCGAGGAGGAGCUCGCCGAGAUCCAGAAGCACCUGUCGGAGCGGUCGCGCGAGGCGGAGAGGAUGCGGGGGCUGCUGGCGGACCGGGCGGACAGCAAGGCGGCGAUCGAGGAGCGGGACCGCAUCGAGGACGAGUCGAGCACGCUGGCGCGGCGCAGGGCGCGGGAGACGGAGGAGCUGAAGCAGAAGGUGCGGGACCUCGAGCGGGAGGUCAAGACGCUGGCGGGGGCCAAGGAGGAGCUCGAGGGCAAGGAGCGGGAGUGGCGCAGGCGGCGGGAGGAGCUCGAGUCGGUGGAGGAGCGGGCGACGGCCGAGGUGGAGGAGAUGCGCUCGGCGGUGUCGGACCUGCGGUCGGCGCUGGACGCGUCGGAGCAGCAGGUGCGGGAGGCGGAGCGGCAGAAGUCGGACCUGCGGCGGCUGCUGGAGGAGUCGAAGCAGCGGUUCGACAAGGUCAGCAAGGAGCUCAAGGCGGUGCAGGGCAAGCUGGGGGCGAGCGUGACCUCGGUGGACUCGAACCUGUCGGGGGGGCCGAACGGCGCGGCGUCCGGGGCGGCGGCGCCCGGGGCCUCCUCGGCGGACACCAUGUACCUGAAGACCAUCAUGUUGCAGUUCCUGGAGCAGAAGGACAACAAGCUGCGGGAGCAGCUGGUGCCGGUGCUGGCGAGGAUCUUGAAGUUUGACAAGACGGACGAGCAGAAGUGGAAGAGUGCGAUCCAGCACAUUACCGUUCGAUGA